AUGUCAAGCAGUGAAUGUAUGAAGUUUCACCGACGUUACCUUGCCUGCCUGAACUUGUGAUCUCUUUCUCUCUUUCAAGCGCUUAAAAGCGCAUUUCCGUUUCUCUGUUCACUCCACAUCUUUGCUUCUUUGGUUGGUGUUCAUUCGUCUAAUGCUUCAUUCUCUUUGACUUUAAGCCAUUUCAAGAUUUUCUCCCACUUGGGUUUUUCUUUAAUUUUAUUUUACUUCUCUCUCAUUUUUCUCAGGCAAUUUUCUUGUAGUUUUCUCUCAUCUGGGUCUUUUUCAAAAAGCUUGCAUUGUUAAUUUCUUGGUAGUUUUUUUUCUCUCUCUGAUCUUUCUACCAUUUAACAUUGCAAAGCUGUUGAAGUUCAUUUCUUAUCUGGGUUCUCUUUAGAAACUUGCAUUUCUCAUCUGGGAUUUCAUAUUUUGUGUUAAAUAUUUUAUGGGAUCUGUGAGUCUUACAUGAUUAAACUAGCAUAUCAUUGGUGAUGUCUCAUUCCAAACAAGAGUCUCCUAAUUGUUGCUCAACAUUGUCUUCUUCUUCUUCUGUAGCUUCAACUGAACUGAAGCUAUAUCAAACCUUCAUCUUCUCUGUGCCAAUUUUCUUCACCUUCAUUCUCUUCUUCUUGUUCUACUUGUUCUAUCUUCGCCGUAGAAGAGUUGAUUGGGCGUCUGUUCGAAUGCGAGCUAAUCCACGAGACAACAAUGAUAUCUUUAGAGCUGAACUGGGCUUGAAGAAAGAGCUGAGAGAGAUGUUACCCAUUAUUGUAUAUAAGGAGAGCUUCUCUGUCAGAGACACACAAUGCCCAGUAUGCUUAGGGGACUACCAAGCAGAGGAUAAGCUUCAACAGAUACCUGCAUGUGGCCACACUUUUCACAUGGAGUGCAUUGACAGCUGGCUUGCCAAUCACACUACCUGCCCUCUCUGCCGCCUUUCCCUCAUUGCAUCUGCUAAAGUUCCAAGUGAAUUACCUAAUGGUCAAGCAGAAACUGGUCAGGAUCCUUCUGUGGCAAGUCAUGGUGAUGAAACAUCUGUUCAAUCAAGGCCAGCAGAUUCUUGUGGUGAAUCACAAUCUACCCGACUUUCUGAGCCAAGGAAUGAAGACCCCAGGACUCUUCAUAGCAGUGCUGAGGAAGAGGAAAGAAGAUCGGAACGUGCUGAUGAGGGGACAGAAUUUGUUGAUGCAAGGAAUGUACCUGAAGAGCAUGACAACAUCAGAAGAUCUUCUGCUUAAUCUCAAGCAUGAAACACCGUCUUCACGAAUCCAUCUACUAUCCUGCGUGAGUGAGAAAAGGGUUUCCAUAAAACCUUCUGAAAGAUGUUCAAAUUGUCAAUCAUCAGGUCCGUUUCUUGGAGAAAGGGGAGUAAUCAUACCAUCACCUUAUCUCUGGACAUUUCAUCGAUGGUAUGAGAGAAUCAAUCCUUGAUCAGGAUUUCAUUAAUGUAUUAUUGCCAUAAAAACCAUAAUAAUGCAAUAGCAUGAGAUAGAAGAGGGCAUUAAAGUUGCCAUUGUAUUGCAAAUAGGUGCUGUAAUAAUCUGGUUGUCUGCCUGCUGUAAUUUAUGUAUGACUUGUGAAUGAUGUAGCGAGGAAUAGAAUUGAUAGGGAGCGACAGAAGUCAGUAAUUUACUGGAGAAUGUUGUUUUUGACAAUUUGAAAGUAGUUGGCUCAUGAUGUUUCUUGUA